UGUGGCAUCGUCAAGAGUCUGUCCGAGGAAAUCUUCCGUGCAUUUGUCGUCUGCUUUCCGGCUGCAAAUGUCGAAAGAAGGUCCUCACGGCAGUUGGAGCUCAGCAUCAUCGGCUCCGGUGACAGGAAACAACUUUGACGUGUUCCUGAGCUUCAGAGGAAGCGACACCCGAUAUGGAUUCACCGAUGUUCUCUACAACAGCCUCACUGGUGCCGGGGUUCGCACCUUCAGAGACGAAGAAGAGCUUUUCGAGGGAGAGUACAUCAAGAAGCAGCUUCCUGAGGCAAUCAAGCUGUCGAAGAUCGGCAUCCCCAUCCUGUCUAAGGGCUAUGCCUCGAGUAAAUGGUGCCUCCGAGAGCUGGCUCAGAUGGUCGAGUGGCUCAAAGAUGGAAUGAUCAUCAUGCCGGUCUUCUUCCACAUCUCGGCAUGGGAUGUGAAAAUGAAGAAUGAGGAGGGAAUCUACGCCGCUGACAUAAAGGCACACGAGAAGAAAGGAGUUGACCAGGAUACGAUCCAGAAAUGGGUGGAUGCCCUCAAAGAAGUGACAUCUUUGAAAGGGCGGCAACUGAACGAUGAUAAUGGGCAAGGAGAAUUCGCAACAAUGAUGGUCUCAAAAGUUAUGAAGAAAUUGAGAAAGGCUAAGCUCAAUCUGUCCGACAAAUUAGUCGGGAUUGAAGACCACUUGACUAAGCUGAGAAGAAUGUUGGAUACUGACUCUAGUGACGUGCUGAUGAUUGUCAUCUCCGGCAUUCCGGGCAUUGGCAAGACAACCCUCGCAAAGUCUCUCUACAAUGAUAUCUGCCACCUCUUUGAUCGUUGCAGUUUUCUUGGCGAUAUUCAAGAAACUUCUGCAAAAAAGGGUCUUGUAGCUUUGCAAAAUCAGUUGGUUUCUGACAUCAUCCGAAGGGACUUGGCAAACUUCUACUCGGUGGAGGAAGGAGUUAGCUUCCUCAAAGAUAGAUUCAGCACACUGAAAGUCCUCAUCCUUCUGGAUGACUUGCAUGAGAAGACGCAGCUUGAAGCAUUGGUUGGAAGUCUCAAUUGGUUCGGUUCAGGGAGUAGGAUCAUUAUCACAACCAAAUAUAAAUUAGUUCUCAGUGGGCGUGAAGUAACAGAAACUUAUGAUGUCACAGAGAUGAAUCAUGGCGACGCUCUAAAACUUUUCUGUAGACACACCUUUGCAAAGGAUUGUCCAGAACAUGACUAUGAUGAUCUCUCUGAAAGAAUUGUGUCCGCUACUGGAAGACUUCCAUUAGCUCUUGAGCUCGCAGGUUCACACUUGUCUCUGUUUCGGGAUAAAAAAGAAGUAUGGGAAGCUCUGCUGGAAAAGUUAGAAAAACUACCUGACGAUGAUGUCCAGAAGAAGUUGAAGAUUCAUUAUGAACUAUUAAGCAGUUCCCAACAGCAUAUUUUGCUCGACAUAGCUUGUUUUCUUGUAGGAGAGGAUAAAAGAAUAGCAUCUUACAUGUGGAAGGAACUUGACUUGUUCCCUUCUCUAGAACUCGAGAAGCUCUGUCUCAUGUCCAUGGUAAAGAUUGGAGAUGACAAUAGGAUGUGGAUGCAUGAUCAGCUGAGGAAGCUUGGCAGGCAAAUUGUUCAAGACAAUCGCACGAAACAUGGGAACAACAGUAGACUAUGGACCACUGAAGCUCGGAAGAUUUUUAAACAAGAUGAGAGCCAAACGAAUGUUGAAGCUCUGUGUCUUGACAUGGUUAAUACUAAACAAAAACACAUGGAUGAUCGAUCACAGACCUGUUUGACUGCUGACGAAUUUAAAAGAGUACCAAAUCUCCGUCUCCUCAUUUUGGAUCACUUUGAUAGUAAGGAGGAGGAUUUUAGGAAUCUUCUUUCGAAGUUACUUUGGCUCCGUUGGCACGGUUGUCCGAGAGCUUUUAAUGUAAAAAAUUUGAAUUUGGAGGACUUGGUCAUUCUCGAUUUAUCGUGGAGCAAGGUAACUGAAGGUUGGGAGGGUUGGAAAAGUAUAAAGUUGUCAAGGAAUUUGAAAGUCUUAAUUCUCAGAGGCUGCGUUGACUUAAUACAAACUCCAAACUUCUCUAAUUUCAAGGCUUUGGAGAUGCUGAUUUUAGAAUAUUGCUCUCAUUUGGUUCGAAUUGACCCAUCGAUUGGUCAGUUGCAACGUUUGCAAAUUUUAGAUUUGAAAUUCUGCACUGACCUCAGUAACUUGCCCAGAGAACUUGAUUCUCUGGAAGCUUUGAGAGAGCUCCGACUUGACGGAACUUGUAUAGAAGAUAUUCCGGUCUCCGAAGAUAUGAAGCAUCUGAAAACUCUCAGCGCCUGCAACUAUAAAUCAUUGGCACAAGUAUCUAGUGAAAUUGGUGAUAUAAAAUCUCUAGAAUUUCUUUCGAUGGAUGGCUCUGAACUUACCACGCUCCCAGAUUCGAUUGCAAGGCUAGAAAAGUUGAAACAACUGUCUUUGAGGGAUUGUCGGUUGAUGUGGAAACUUCCAGACGCCAUUGGAAAAUUGACAUCAUUAGAGAAGCUGAAUCUCUCGAGUACAGGAAUAGAUAAAUUACCACGUGCCAUUGGUAAUAUGCAAAAUUUGAAGAUGCUGAAAAUGGACGGAAGUUUCAUUAGAAAGUUCCCUCAAUCUAUUGGAAAACUGGAGAAGCUUGAGGAGAUUCAUGCGUCACGCUGUAGGAGUUUGGAAAAAAUUCCUGAGGAGAUCAAAGACUUGUCUCGUUUGAGAAUUUUGGUGUUGUCACAUACCAAUAUUCGCAGCCUACCAGAGAGCAUCUGUAGUCUUUCCCAUCUCCAAAACCUUGAUUUAUAUGGCUGUGACAAUCUUCAUAAGGUUCCUCUGCUUCCCUCUAGUUUAGCCGCUUUGCGUCUCACUUAUGACUCAAGUAAAUUGAAGUCUUUGGAUAUUUCGAAUCUGACCAAUCUCAAAGAGUUGCACCUUGCCAAUUAUUUGGAGGAGGCAUCUCCCGGCACAGACGGAAAUUUGAUGGUGGAGCCGCUCAGCCUUUCUGGGAUUGGCGAAGUGACAAAAGUUGAGACCUUGAAAUUGUGCCUCUCGGGCUUCACUGCACUACCGGAAAUGGGUGCUCUUUCACAGCUAAGGAAGCUUGAUCUUCAAUGUCCAGACCUGCAACAUCUCCCACAACUACCCAAAAGUUUGAAAAAACUGACCCUUCAUGGCUGCAAAUCCUUAAAGACAUUGCCGGAGCUUAUGUAUCUCAAGUCUUUAUCUGGAUUGGAGCUCCUCUCAUGUUCAGUAAUGGAAAUCCAAGGACUUGGAAAUCUCUCAUCCUUGGUAGCCUUGCUUAUUUCUCACUGCGAGCUGGUAAAGUUAGACGGCCUCGAAUGCUUGACAUCCUUGAGAACAUUGACCAUCUCACACUGUGAUUCCCUUCGAGGACUGCCAGAUUUGUCGAACUUGAAGCAGCUGAGAACACGUAAUAUCCAACAUUGCAAGAACAUACCUCAAAAGGACAGGCUCUAGUAUUCGAACUCUCUAGAAAGGCCAGAUAUUUGUGAAGUUUGUGGUAGGCCAUUGAUCUAAAUCAGGACUCGAGAGAGAUCCAUUUUAUGCUUCCUCGAGCAAGUCUGAAGUUUCUGAGGCUGAUGUGCAUUCUAAAAGUUCGUGCAUGUUUACAAUUUAAUGAUGAUCCAUGAGUUCCACUUCCGUUGUUCAGACUUCCUUGUAACUGGAAUGCUUUCUUCUCUAAUGUUUCUUUUUUUCUUUUUCCUUCUUUAGAGAAUGCAAUAUCUUUCCUUCAUGAAGUAAUUCUCAACAAGGCCCAGCAAUUGCUUGGUUUACUUUUCUUGCCAUGAAGAGAAUAUGUACUGUUUCUGAUGACUUAGAAUGCAAUGCAUACUACUUAACAGUUCAACUUCAUUGUCCCGUUUCACAAA